AUGAUUCGAGGGUGGGUGUCCUUGUUCUACCUAUCGCAGCUCACGCCCUCGUGGAUUGGGCCUCGAUGUUGUGUGACGGGCAUCGCCCUUCUGUCUGUCGUGACCUCGGACAAAUUGGAAGUUUCGAGGGAUAGACUGCGUAGUAUGGAAUCAGUGGACGUCUGGAGUGGGGGAUGCUUAGUUCAGCGCAAGAAAAUUAUAGGUGUCGAUGUUAACCACUGGAUGGGCUUGGACCAAUCUACCCGGGAGUUAAGUGAGUACUGUAUGAGAGGUGACGAUUAUCUGCAAAGAAUGUACCAUCAGUCCAAUCAAGAAAACCGUGCCGCAGAAACUCCCAAGCACCAAGCUCAAAGGCACUGGACAGGAAACUUCGCGGCAGAUCCGGGACACAUUUCAGGCAGCGUCCAGUAUGAGAGGAUGCCAACGAAGUAUCGCCUGCAUAUUGCCAUGUCUGAAGAAGGAUUUGAAAAGAUCGAAGAAAAUUGA